AUGAAGCACUUCAAACCACACUGGCCUGAACAGAAGAAGCAGUUUACGCAGUUCACAGCCGGACUAACUAAUAAACUGUUCAUGGUAUCGUUAGAUGGCACGGAUGAGAAGUGCCUGUGCCGGAUAUACGGAAAGAACACAAAUCUACUGAUAGACCGGGACCAGGAGUUGGUGAACUUAGUAAGUCUACACAAGUCAGGCCUCUCACCUGAACUAGUGGGUCGGUUUAAUAAUGGCUUCUGCUAUGGCUAUCUCGAUGGAACACCUCUGGAUACCUCUGGUAUGAGUGACGAAAUCAUAUCGCCCUUAACUGCGAAGCUACUGGGCACGUGGCACCGAACGCACGUGUCUGGCGACAUGUCACCUAUGUUAUGGGAGACCAUUGAGCGAUGGCUGGAAUAUGCCACCCCGCGGGAAGAGGAGUUGCAUCCCAGGAAAGAGUCGGUGCAUGAUCGGUCCAAAGGAGACCUCUCAAUAGCCGACAUCAGAGCGGAGAUUGCGGAACUACGCUCGUAUCUGAAGCCCUUGAACUCGCCGGUGGUGUUCUGUCACAACGAUCUUCUGUGUAAUAACAUACUUUAUAACGAGAAAACUGAGUCGGUCGGGUUCAUCGACUACGAAUACGGUAACUAUAGUUACCGAGGGUUUGAUAUUGGCAACCAUUUCUGUGAAUUCGCUGGAAUGGAGGACCCGGUGGACUACUCACUGUUCCCUAAAGAAGACUUUCAGAAGAGGUGGCUGAGGAACUACCUGUCAGAAUAUCAGCCCCAUCGAGAGAUAUCUACCGACGACGUCGAGAAGUUGUACCGGGAGGUGAACAAGUUCGGACUGGCCGCCCAUAUCUAUUGGGGCGUGUGGGCUCUAGUCCAAGCCAAAUUUAGUGACAUCGACUUCGACUACGCAGCCUACGCGCAGAUCCGAUUCCUGGAAUACCUAAAGAGGAAGGAUGAGUUCCUAGCCCUGUAGAUCAGCUGCGCUAAAAACCCUAAAACGGCGUAAAGGAUUGUCUUAACAAUUAAAGGCGUAUAGGAUUGUCUUGACAAUUAACGGCGUAAAGGAUUGUCUUGACAAUUAACGGCGUAAAUGAUUGUCUUGACAAUUAAAGGCGUAAAGGAUUGCCUUGACAAUUAACGGCGUAAAGGAUUGUUUGACAAUUAACGGCGUAAAGGUUUGUUUGACAAUUAACGGCGUAUAGGAUUGUCUUGACAAU